AUGGCCAAAAUGCCAACCGCCUCGCGCAAUCCUGCCGCGUCAGCACCCACCAGGGUUCGAAAGCCACAGACCGAAACGUCUGCCAAACGCGCUGUUCGAAAUUUGCCGGCGACUGGCGUUGUGCGAUCCAAGCCCGUCCCACGGGAGGUUCAGUUCCGAGAGACCUUGAAGGCACAUGCCACCCACCCGGCCGACCAUAUCGACUGCAUCAAUUUACUUGAAGCAGCCGAAGAUGACCACCAGCAGCGCGCUGCCCAAAUGGAGGAAAGCCAACAGCAAAGUGUCGCAGAAAGAGCCCAAUUGUCCGCUAAAGUCCGGCAGCUUACAGCGGAGUGUCGCCAGUUACAGGGUGAAAACCGCAAAUUGACAGAGAGCUUGGAAACAGCGACUGCCCAGGACCAAAUGCCACGGGCUGAAUACCAGGUGGCCUUGAAGGAACUUCAGACCUCCGCUUCUUCUCUAUUCGGUCAGAUCACGACCAAGAUAAACGAGAGCGACCAAGCAUACUUUUCCACUCUCUUGCCUGGCCCUGAUGUGACCCAAAACUGGCAAGACCAAGACGCAAACUAUCUGCUCAAUCCUUCAGAAAUCCCGGCACCCCCCAUUCCGGGCUACUCUUCGUCCAAUGUGCCUACCAUGCCCCAAGCCGAUCCAUAUGCGCAUCUGCGUUAA